GGCUGCACCUCGGAGGCUCUGUCUGUCUGUCUGUCUGGGUCCCCUUCUUGGUCACCGCGAGGUGAGCGGCCUCCUCCUCCAAGGGGUGAGCCUGUCCUGAGGCUGAAGGAGAUCUCUGACCUGGAGCUCGGAAGGGACCCUCUCUGCUUUUAUUCAGAGCUCUCAUCCCAGGCCACCUGUCACAGGGGUGAAGGCUGACUGACCCCUCCUCAUCCACUCUUUCACCCAGAACCCACAGCCCUUUCGAGCGCCCCAGCACAGGACAAGGCCUCCUUGUGUUCCAGGCUAAAUUCCAGGUUGGAGCCGGAAUUUGUGAUCUUCCUGCCUCAGCCUCCUAGUGUGAAGGACUCUUCUUGGCUUCCAGUUGCGGCUUUUCUUCCACCUUUUUAAUCAAUAGCUUUGGGUAAAAUCCACAUGUGCUGUGCCUUCCACCUUCACAGAGAGAUGUGACAUCUCCUGGUAAGGCUGGCACCCUGUGACCUCUGUUCUGUCUGUACCAAGGUGCUCGGUGGAAAACCUCAAGGCCUCAAAUAAACAGGAAGUGACAGGAGGGAGUAACGGGCCCCAGUGGGCAGCGAGGCCCAUCCUCCUGGGAGGAAAGGAAGGGAAUUCCUUGAAAGAUCCGGUUAAUCCCAGAAGGAAACCCGAGUCCUCGCUCAGCACAGCUGCCCGUUUGGCACCGCCUCCCUGUGUGCUAGCUGGGCACACCACCCUUCCCCCUGCAAAGGGACUGAUUUGCAGUGAACUCUACCUGUAUUCCAAUUCUCGCACACCAAUGUUUAUUGCUGACUACUGGGGGUGUGGUGGCCCAUGCCUGUAAUCUCAGUGGCUGAGGCAGGAGGAUUCAUCUAGAUAAGACCAGCCUGAACCACACAGCAAAAACAAAAGACUUGCUAGACAUUUUGUCUUCCUCUAUCUCUGGGGAAACCCAGCACCUCAGCCACACCCAGGGGAGAAAGUUUUGUUCUCAUCCAGCCAGGGACAUACUCCAGGAGAUCCCCCAACCAACCCCAGGGUGCGUAGGGCCCAGGCUCCGGUCCAGCCCGCUCCUGGCUACAACCCAGGUCACAGCUGUUUGCUGAAGGGGUCAGUGCAUUGGCCCAAACUCCCUCCCACUCUCCCAGGCAGUUGGUGCUCCCCUCGGGGUGGUGACUCCAUGCAUUCCUGAGGACGGUGCCCAGAAUGAGGUGCACCCUGGAACAGAGCAGGACCUGGGACUGCAGCCAGGUGAAGCAAAGGCCGGCCUGGAACCUGAUUUCCAGGUGCCCCUCUCAGAUGGCCAUGUGACUGGGUGGACUCUGCCCUGCAGCCUGGAGGCGAGAGCUGCUCCUACUGCCUCACUGUGGCUUCCUUGGCUCUGUCAUCUGCUGCCCAGCUCACCCCCAGGCAGGGGACCCUCUCUUUCUCUUGGCCAGACACGGCUGCAGAUCUGUGGGUCUCCCAGGAAGUGACCAGUGGCUGGCCGGAGCGGGGCUCUGUUUGGUGCCCUGAACCCCACCAGCCUGGUGCUCCUCCUGCAGGUGGGCAGGCUCCCCGAGGCACUUCCCCACAGGCUCACGGGCACGGGCAUGGCGCAGGCGGAUGGGGUACCCCUGCCUGAUGCUGCCCCCAGCCGUGUGUCCAAGCUGGUCCUGCUGGGAAGUGGCUCCGUGGGCAAGUCCAGCUUGGUGCUCCGGUAUGUGAAGGGUGACUUCAAGAGUGUCCUGCCAACUGUGGGAUGCGCGUUCUUCACAAAAGUGGUGGCCGUGGGCAACGUGGCUCUGAAGCUUGAGAUCUGGGACACAGCUGGCCAGGAGAAGUACCAUAGCGUGUGCCACCUCUACUUCCGGGGUGCCCAAGUGGCGAUGCUGGUGUACGACGUCACCAGGAAGGAGUCCUUCCUCAGGGCCCAGCAGUGGCUUGAGGACCUGGAGAAGGAGCUGCAGCCCGGAGAGAUCGUGGUGGCACUGGUGGGCAAUAAGACGGACCUGGAGGAGAAGCGGCAGGUGACUCUGCAGGAGGGGAAGGAGUUCGCUGAGAGCAGAGGGCUGCUGUUCAUGGAGACCUCAGCCAGACUGAAUCACCAGGUGUCGGAGAUCUUCAGUGCCGUGGCCCAGGAGCUGCUGCAGAGAGACAUGGCCAGGCUGGGCUCCAGCCCACUUGGCAACUCUGGAGCCAUGCGACUGAACCAGGCACCCACCAGGCGGACCAAGUGCUGCAGUCACUAGGAGCAGCCACUGCAGUGGGGCUGCAGGACCACGUGGGUGGCUGGGCUGUGUCUUCAGGAUACAACCCUGCUGGCCUCUCUGUGGUCACUCGGCCAGGUGCUGUGUUGUACCUGAGCCCUGGAGAUUUCUAGAAGGUGGUGUCCCUGCAAAACUGCACCCCAAACCUGUGAGGACUGUCAGCCGUCAAGAGGCUCCUGGAUUCCCGAUGCCCCAGUCAGGCCUGUGCACCCUGCCUGGGUUGUCACCCUGUAUGUGGCCUUGCCACCAACACAGAGGAAAACUGACUGCUGUGGUGCUGGAUGGGUGCCUCCACCUGCUGGGCAGUGGGAGGGGAUAGGACAGGCCCAGAGGAGGUGUCCAAGCCCGGAAAAGUGGGGUGAAAGGGGUGGCCACCCUCAGUGUGCAGCCGCCCUGCCUCCCGUCUCUGUGCCCAGGGUCUAGGCAGCCCUGUUUCUGACCAGGGAGCAUGAGGACUCUGAGACAGCACCCUGAGACACAGGCUGGACCAUGGAGGCAGCCUUUUCUCUAAAAAUUAAACUGCUUUUGGCAA